CUUGCAACAUUGCAACAACACCCAUAUUUCAACUCCCCUCGUCGCCGCAAUCGCCUGCGCAGCGCCACGAUUCUGGUUGGUACGCGUACGGCACGCCAUCGAGCUCACUUUUCUCUCCACAGAAUCUGCCCACAAUGGCUACCAUCUUGCCCUACCGCGACAUCAACGUGCAUUCCUCUCCCUCGCACUACGCCUUCUCGUCGCCCUCGUCGCCUUCUGCACCCACGCUCGUGGUGGAUCGUCCGUCAGGUGACCUACGCCUUCACGACGGAAAACUGCUUGGGUCCAAGAGAGUUUCCAGCAUCGCCGGCAUUCUCGGGGUCAUCAAGCUCCGUUUGGAUAAAUAUGUCGUUGUAAUCACAAAAGCCCAGCCGAUGGGCAGAAUAAAAGGCCAUAUGAUCUACAGGGUCGUUUCGACUGAGUUCCUGCCUCUUCGCGACCGUCCCCUCCACGAUCCCGACGAGGACACCUACCUCACCCUCCUGAAGGGCUUCCUCAAGACAUCCCCGCUGUACUUUUCCUACUCGUUCGACAUCACCAGCAGCUUCCAGCGCCAGGCACACGCCGACCCCGCUACGCCACUAUGGAAGAGGGCCGAUGAUCGCUUCUUCUGGAACCGGUUCAUCCAGACAGAUUUGAUCGACUUUCGCGGUGGGCUCAGCAGCGGAUAUGGUCACAGGCACUCUAUCGGACAGCAGCCGGAUGUGGACCCGUACAUCUUGCCUGUCAUGUUUGGAAUGAUGGAGAUCAAAAACACUUCCGUCAAGGGGAACCCGCUCACCUUCAUCCUCAUUUCGAGGAGGUCGAGGCUGAGGGCUGGCACGAGAUACUUUUCGCGCGGCAUGGACGAGAACGGCAAUGUGUCGAAUUUCAACGAGACUGAGCAGGCCAUCGUCCUCAAUGACAACGCAUCUGGCGGCUCGGGAGGCUUUGUCGGCCUGCAACAGAACGGCUCGGCCAAGGUGCAAGCGGGCAAGGAGACCCAGGUGCUCGCAUAUCUGCAGACCCGAGGGAGCGUCCCUGUCUACUGGGCCGAAGUCAAUACCCUAAAGUACAUCCCGAAGCUCGAGAUUCGAGGUGUGGAGAGCGCCGUGGGUGCCGCAAAGAAGCACUUCGCCGAGCAAAUCCGAAUAUACGGCGACAAUUGGCUGAUCAACCUCGUCAACCAAAAGGGUCGCGAACAGAGGGUCAAGGAAGCAUACGAGCAAAUGGUCAGCCUACUAGCCUCCUCGCCCACGGAAAAGGUUGAACGGAAUACAGUGACAGACGAGAAAUUCCACGUCAUUGAAUCAAGUCAGGCACAAACAUCUUUUGAUCGACUCCACUACAUCUACUUUGACUUCCACAAUGAAACCAAGGGCCUCCGUUGGGAUCGCGCCCAGCUCCUCAUGGACCAGCUUGAACAACCAGUCCUCAAGCACGGCUACUUCCGCGGCGUCGACAUGCCGGGCGACAUGGGUCGCGUAGAGGUCAGGAGACACCAGACAGCUGUCGUCCGCACAAACUGCAUGGACUGCCUAGACCGCACAAACGUCGUCCAGAGCAUGUUGGGCCGCUACAUCCUAUCCCGCAUGCUCAUCGACGUCGGCCUAAUUCGUGAAGGCGAAUCCGCGCAAGACGACGCAGCCUUCGAAUCCCUGUUCCGCAACGUCUGGGCCGACAACGCCGACGUGGUCUCAAAAUCCUAUUCCGGCACCGGCGCAUUGAAAACAGACUUCACUCGCACGGGAACCCGGACUAAAGCCGGCGCGCUACAGGACUUCAACAACGGCGCCACGAGGUACUUCCUCAAUAACUUCCGCGACGGCCCCAGACAGGAUGCAUUUGAUCUAUUCUUGGGCACGUAUCUGCCAUCGGACCCGGGCAUGGGUGGUCAACUGCUUUUCGCGGACCGGAGGCCCUUGCUCAUUCAGUCGAUACCGUAUAUCCUAGCCGCCAGCAUCUUCUUUCUCUUUGUGGGAAGCUUUACGAGGAGAGCGCCAGAUGCAACGGUUUGGCCGCUCCGGUUGCUGAUGUUUCUGUGUUUGGGGAUUGCGGCGGCGUGCUUUAAUUUUAUUUGGGUCAAUGGAACGCUUUAUGUCAAUUGGCCCAAACUCAACAAGCUCCCUUGGGCGGUGGAAAGUGUGCAGGAUGCCUUGUUGGCAGUGCAGAAUAACCCGGUUGUGGGACCGUUGGUAGGCACGAGACAUGAGCGAGGAAAGAGCGAUGCCAGGUUGGGGUAUUUGGAAGAGGGGAAGAAGAGGAUCGAAUAGAGUGUUUGAUGUAUUCAUUUGCAAGCUUGUUGUGGGAGCUGCAAUGGUUGUGGGAGUUCGGGGGUUUGUAUGAGUAUAUGAGCAUUGAGAGAGAGCCCUAGAGAGUUGGGGAUUUGGUACAUUCUUAGAGACAGCAUGGUUUGAUUGAUCGAGAAUUGGUGUUUUAAUCAACGAAUAUUC